AUGAGCCGCGAUUUGUUCUCGCUCGGCGGCUACCGUGUGCCCCAAGACCCGUAUCUUCCCCAAGUCACCCCCAAAGGCCCGAGUUUCCUCGACACGGCAGCAUGUCUCUGUGCGCUGCGACCGAUCGGCGACAGCUCCUCCGGCGCGGCGUGGCAUUGCAUCGGCAACCAGACCCAGGGAGUCUACGAGGUCACCAGCGGGAGAUGGUACGAUACACUUCACGGCGGCAACGCUGCCGACGGAAGCAUCGACGAUGAUUCCAACGGUCCAAACACCGACAAACCGAUGGUUUUCAGUUCUGGUUCCCUGACGGAAUCCGCCAACGACGAUGGGCUGAGCGAGUUUGACCGCGCCUGUACCGGCGACAACCGGACGUCAUUUUCGACCUCAUUCUAUGAAGCAGCUCGGGCAAUUGAGAACGGCCAGGAGCCCCUCAGUGCCGCUCCAUGUUAUAGACGGGACGGGCAAGCUGUUCCUAUUCGCAUUCAGGACGUCCAGAGCUGGAAUACCGACGGGUGCUCGCCGGGCUUUUUGUGCCAGAAUAACACCGUCAAUUCGCUUCCGCAAUACUGCCCGCCCGAAGAUGCAUGUCAACUAGCAAGACUGGCGUCCAUGACGUGCAUGUUGCAUGGACAAAAUAUCCCAAUGGGCCCUUUCGAGCCGGUCGUCUGUCAAUCAGGAUACUACUGCCCGCCGCCCGGCACCGAGAAGAUCGAAUGCCCGAAAGGCACCUACUGCCAACCAGGCGCCGUCACGCCAACACCAUGCCUGACUGGCAGUCGCUGCGAGGCGGGCUCAACAUACGAGCUAUUCCUCAUCCCGCUCGUCAUACUCUUUCUCGUCGACAUCUUGCUCAUCAUCGGUAUCAUUGUCCACGGACUGCGAAGUCGUGUCAGAGACCGCCGCGCCGACCGCGCCAGCGCGAAUGCCGCCAAGGGUCGCGGAAUGAGUCUUGUGAAAGCGCAAAUCACGGGCUACAGGGCCCUCUCGGACGACCAAGAUCAUGCCGAUCACGAGAUGCUGCCGAUGAGCGCCACGUACACCCCUUACCGCUCUGACAGCUACGGAGCCGGCUUCCAAGCAGCCCUCGACUACGACCAUCAGUGGACGGCCGAUGCGCAGCCUAAGGAACAGGUCAACCCCCAGCUCAUCAAGUUUGUCGAAUCGAUGCGCCGUGCGACGGACGCCACGAACCUCGGUCUGUCGUUCGGAUACACCGACCUUGGUUUCCAGCCGAAGAAGAGCAAGAAGUUGAUUCUGCAAAAUGUUACCGGUUCAAUCGACCGAGGAACCCUCACCGCCGUCAUGGGAGGAUCUGGUGCCGGCAAGUCCACCUUUGUCAACGUGCUCAUGGGAAAGACGAAGAACACCGGCGGCAUGGUUGCAGUCAACAGCAGCCCCGACAAGCUGAAUAGGUACAAAAAGGUCAUUGGAUAUGUUCCACAAGAUGACAUCGUUCUCCCAGAGCUUACAGUCUACGAAAACAUUGUUCAUUCAGCCAAAAUCCGCCUACCGAGAACCUGGUCGACCGACGACAUCGAGGCUCACGUCACUUCCGUUAUCGACUGUCUGGAGCUUUCUCACGUCCGCAACUCGUUGGUCGGAUCAGUCGGGAAACCCGUCAUCAGCGGAGGCCAGCGGAAGCGUGUGAGCAUCGGCAUGGAGCUGGCGUCCGCGCCGAUGGCCAUCUUCCUCGACGAACCCACCAGCGGCCUCGACGCCACUGCGGCAUCAUCCAUGAUGCGAACCCUCAAGGCCGUCGCCCGCUUGGGCAUUACCGUGAUUGUCAUCAUCCACCAGCCGCGCUCGGAAAUCUUCCAGCUUUUCGAUAACCUGAUCCUUCUCGGAAACGGACAGACCAUCUACGAGGGACCCCAAGCCGAAGUACAGGGCUAUUUCCAGAACAUCGGCUUUCAUUUCCCCGAACACAGCAACCACGGUGAUGUAGUGACGGAUAUUAUCACCGGCAACGGCCGCAUAUACAAGCCCAGCGGCGAGAUCUCCAAGGACUCCCUCAUCUCGAACUGGUCCGCCCAUCACCAGGUAAACAGCCCGGCCAGUAAAGAGCACCACACCUCCAUGAUGAUGAACAACAGCGGCAUGCACGAAGCCAUCAAGCACCGCGGAGCUCCCUUCUUCAAGCAACUGUGGCUUUGUCUGCGCCGAUCAAUGGUCCAGCAGUACCGGACCAAGGCGGCAUUUUGGUCGGAGAUGGGCCUGGCUGCCAUCGCCGGCUUCCUCCUCGGCCUGGCCGAGCAUUCCAAGAAGGGCAUUCUUUUCGUAGGCACUUUCAAAGAGCCCUACUCGAUCUUGUCGACGGCUGUCGACAUAAAGUCCGCGCCAGAGCUGGCACUUCUGAUUGCCAUCGCCAUCGGUCUAGUCGCUGGCGCCCCGGGGGUCAAGUCGUUCUCGGAGGAGUUGCUGGUGCACCGCAGAGAGGCCGAAGCUGGACACAACCGCCUCGCGUACUUCCUCGCCAAGCUGAUCUCAGUCUUGCCGCGCAUGUUCUUCGGCUGCCUGCACUUCUCGACGUUCGUGCUGUUGCUGACGGUGCCGGUGAUCAACUGGGGCCUGGCCUUCCUGGCCAAUUUCCUGUACUUCUACUGCAUUUACGGUCUGGCGAACAUCAUUAGCAUGUUAGUCCCCCGAGAGGAUGCUCCCCUCGUGGCGACUAUGAUCAGCUUGAUUGUUGCUAUUCUCUCGGGAGCUGCGCCGCCGCUGGCCAAGGCCAAAGAUUGGCAUCUCGAGUGGCUGUGGCGUGCCUCUCCCGGCGUUUGGCUCGCGGAGAUAUACUUCGGCCAGCUGGUGUCUCCGUUCGGCCAUUUGUUUGAUGUAGACACGGCGGCGACUCAUACCGGGUUCCAUUUGAAUUGGCUUUGGCGGAAUAUGGGCACUCUGGUGGUCAUUGGGACUGUAUAUAGAAUUCUGGCGUUUCUCGGAUUGUGGGCGCGUGGACAUCGCCGGCGCAGCUAG